CGCAGCGCGCCUGCGCGCGCCCGCUGGCCGAGGCGCGUGGCGCCAGCCCGGCCACCCUGCCCUGAGAGUGGUUACACCCGCUCCCGCUCUAGAUCCGGCGAAGGCGCUACCACCGUCGGGGCUUCGGGGGGUUUCUCCUGUCCGGAUGUGGCGGCACGCUGACCCGGAAGCGGAGGGGGCCGGGCAGUGGGGCCUCGGCGCGGCUAUGGAGGGGGCCGGUUACCGGGUGCUGUUUGAGAAGGGGGGUGUGUACCUGCACACCAGCGCCAAGAAGCAUCAGGACCCCGACUCCCUCAUCGCCGGCGUCAUCAGAGUCGUGGAGAAGGACAAUGACGUGCUCCUGCACUGGGCCCCCGUGGAGGAGGCGGGAGACUCCACGCAGAUCGUCUUUUCCAAGAAGACUGAGCCCUCCCUGUGUGUGGGGGUGAGGGCCGGGGGGCUGGCGGAGGGCUGGGCGAGGAAAGGCAGCGACGACCUUGGUGCCCCUCUAGGUGCGGAGCCCAGCCCCGCCCGAGACUCCUGGGCCUUCUCCGUGAGCCUGGGGGAGCUCAAGUCCAUCCGCCGGUCCAAGCCGGGCCUCAGCUGGGCCUACCUGGUCCUGGUGACCCAGGCCGGAGGCUCCCUGCCCGCCUUGCACUUCCACCGCGGGGGCACCCGUGCCCUGCUCCGAGUCCUCAGCCACUACCUGCUCUUGGCCAGCUCCCCGCAGGACUCCCGCCUCUACCUGGUCUUCCCCCACGACUCCUCCGCCCUCUCCAACUCCUUCCACCACCUCCAGCUCUUCGACCAGGACAGCUCCAACGUGGUGUCCCGCUUUCUCCAGGACCCCUACUCCACCACCUUCAGCAGCUUCUCCCGCGUCACCAACUUCUUCCGGGGAGCCCUGCAGCCCCACCCAGAGGGGGUCUCCCCUGACUUGCCUCCGCCCCCCGACGACGAGCCGGAGCCUGGCUUUGAGGUCAUCUCUUGUGUGGAGCUGGGGCCGCGGCCGGCCGUGGAGCGGACACCUCCGGUCACGGAGGAGGAGUGGGCCCGCCACGUGGGCCCCGAGGGCCGCCUGCAGCAGGUCCCCGAGCUGAAGGCCCGCAUCUUCUCAGGGGGCCUGAGCCCCGGCCUGAGGCGGGAGGCCUGGAAGUUCCUCCUGGGCUACCUGAGCUGGGAGCAGUCGGCCGAGGAGCACAAGGCCCUCGUGCGCAAGAAGACUGGGCACCUGCCCCCGCGAGCGUUUGGGCGGCGGCGGGUGGUGGCGCGCAGGCCUGACCCACCCCUCCCGCAGCACAUCAACGAGCUGACCAUGAAGCUGAGCGUGGAGGACGUGCUGACGCGGGCCGAGGCCCUCUACCGGCAGCUGACGGCUUGCGCGGAGCUGCCCCUCAACGUGCAGGAAGUCCUGGGUCUGGUGCCCCCCGCAGAGCCUGGCAGCCCCUCACCCCCCACCUCUCCAUUGCCGCUGUCGCCCUCCCGGGCCCCACCUGCCCCUCCGGCCCCCACGGACACCGCCCCGCAGCCAGACAGCAGCUUGGAGAUCCUGCCGGAGGAGGAGGAGGAGGAGGAGGGGGGCGGGGACUCCUAGCCCCCCAGCCGCCGCCGGCACUGGCACUUUAUGUCCCUCGGCCCCGCCCGCCAGAGGCGGCUGGGGUGCGGGUGCGGCGCCCCGACCGUGCCUCCUGAUGAACUGACUUCUCUACACUGACACUGGCCGCCAGCCUGAGUAGGUGCAGGAAGGAGGCGGCCACUACCGCUUGGACCCAGCUGGGCAGGGGGCGCAGGGGGCUGGGGGUCCCCUCCGCGAACCCAGGUCUGACGCUCGAUGCCCUUUCCGCCGAGGAGUCGAGGCGGCCCUGGGCGGCGGCGGCCCUCUCCUGAGCCUGGGGCCCUCGGAGGGGGGCGGAGUGGGUGCCACCCAGUAAGCAGGUUGCGGGGGACACAUCCCGGGCGUCACCCGCCUGCCAGGGUUGCUCCAGCUUGGGCUCUGUGCACCAGCUGAUCAGCGUGAGAAUAAACUGGCACUUAACCUA